CCGCCAAUAAACACCAACGAAGAAGAAGCAGCGCCCCGUGCUAACUCACCUAACGGCUCUCCGCCUGCAGCAGCUGAUCGGUACCGAGAGAAGAACCGUCUCCAGAACCCCGUUAACCGAGGAGACAACAUGCCUCGUGUUUACAUCGGACGACUGAGCUAUCAUGUCCGCGAAAAGGACAUUCAGAAAUUCUUCAGCGGAUAUGGAAAGCUCAUGGAAAUAGACUUAAAGAACGGCUAUGGAUUCGUGGAAUUCGAGGAUAACCGGGACGCAGACGAUGCCGUGUACGAGCUGAACGGGAAGGAGCUGUGCGGGGAGCGGGUGAUCGUGGAAAACGCCCGGGGGCCGCGGAGAGAUCGAGAUGGCUACGGUGGGGGUUACUGGGGUGGUGGGCGCAGUAGCGGUUACAGCAGCCGGAGCCGCUCUGGCAGGGAUAAGUAUGGACCUCCAGUCCGUACUGAGUACCGUCUCGUCGUGGAGAACUUGUCCAGCCGCUGCAGUUGGCAGGACCUCAAGGACUUCAUGCGUCAGGCAGGAGAGGUGACGUAUGCAGAUGCCCACAAGGAACGCACAAACGAGGGUGUGAUCGAGUUUCGGUCCGAGUCGGACUUGAAGAGGGCCAUUGACAAGUUGGAUGGUACAGACAUUAACGGACGCAAGAUUCGUCUGGUGGAGGAACGCGCUCGCAAACGCAGGUCUUACUCUGGCAGCCGCUCCAGAUCUCGUAGUCGCCGCCGCUCCCGCAGCAGGAGCCGCAGAAGCAACAGAAGCAAGAGUUCCAGGAGCCGCUCCAGAUCCCACUCCAGGUCUCGUUCCCAUAGCAACAAGAGACGUCACCACUCCCGCUCCCGAUCUGGAAGGAAGUCUCGCUCCAAGUCAGGAGAGAGCAAAUUCCGAUCUCGCAACCGCAAGUCCCGUUCUCGAUCCCAAAAAUCAAAAUCUCGUUCACGCUCCCGCAAAUCCCGCUCCCGUUCAGCCGAGCGCAAAUCCAAAUCCCGUUCAAAGAGUCAGUCAAAGGUAAAGUCGGAGCGGGGUUCUCGCAGUCCAUCCAAGGAGAUGUGCGCCGCCGUCGACAAGAAGUCCCGCAGUCGUUCACCCUCCCCGAUGGAGAACGGGAAGGAGGAGAGCGCUGCCAAAUCUCCCUCUCGCUCCCCAUCCCCUCACGAGGUUGACCGCCGCUCCAAGUCCAGGGAGAAACGCUCAGCCUCCCGGUCACGGUCUCGAUCGGCUUCUCAGGAUUAGUGGAAUUGGAAAAAGAGAGGCGUUUUCUCUUGUUGUCGAGCUUGAUCCCUAUGCUGUACAUAAUGAGCAGUGUCGUCAUACUGGCUUAUGCUUCCUGGCUUGUCUACUUUUCUCCUUCAAGUGUGCAUUUGUCUUAAACAUGUUUUAGACACCGUUUUAUUAAAGGAUGCACCACAGUAACGAUUUUGGUUUCUGAAUCGUCUGCCUCCAAAAAAAAUAUCACAUUUUCUUCCGAAUUAUUUCCACAAACUGAAGUGCAAGUCUUAAAAUCUUUAGAGCUGCAACAUUAGAUGGUUCAAGUCACUCAGUCCCAAAAAUUUCCACUUGAUCGGUAAACUAGAUCUGUCCCACCAGUCUGUUUUAAUCAAACUUAAUAGUUAAUAGAAAAUUUAAGUUGUCUUUAUUUUACCUUAAUUGUGCAUCUCAGUUUGCAACAGAUCUUGUUCCGUUGGUAGAUCGAUACGAUUUACCAGCAUUUGCAAACGUUCCCUGUCCAUUUCUGUCUGGAGCAGCCAUCAGACAUAGUUUGAACUGUAUAGUUGUGGGAGAAAAGUAGCAUUUAGCUACAGGAUUGGAGCCUUUUUGAGCUGCGGUCUCAAUAACUGCUUUCUCAAGGAAUCGGCGAAUCUCGGUGUUGUCUUGCGGCACUCUAAAAUGCUCAACUGGGAUGCAAGAACUUGCAGAACUGCAUAUUUACAAUAAAAACAAAAAUAAGGGUUUGUAUUUCAUGUUUGAACAACUUGCAUUGUAGGUGGACUAUUAAGAUCCCCUUUUAACCUCUUGUACAUAGACAGUGUGAUCAGCAUCGAAAACUGAAUUCUUGCUUUUUGUUGCUACCGAUGUUUGGGUUGUUUUUUUGUAACCAUGAGCAGGAUAUCUGUAGAAAACCCUUUUUACUUUAUGGAUUUCUUUUUGCCUGGAGCGUCAAAGGCCUCGAAUGCAAAAUUUCUCGCGUUUCCUGCUUUUUGUUUUGAUUUACACAGCCCUGAUAAAGUCAUUUUUGUAUUUCAUCUCUUUUUCAGCGAGUUUAAUCCAGGGGGUUAAGGGUUUUGUUCUUUUUGUCAAGCCUCUUGCUUAUUUAAAAGUGUGCACCUCGUACUUGAAAGGUACAUCAUUCAAAUAUCUGGAGGGGUCUGUUUUGUGGGUUUAUAACUUAAAACACCAUACUGAAUGCAACCCCUCCCCUUACAGAUUAUUUUUUUUCUCCAUACGAAUGAGAUCUAAACAGGAAAAUGUCCUUUUUUUAUUGUAUGUUCAAUUAAAAGAUCUUCAUGAAAAAAAAAAAA